AUUUAUGAAAAUAUGCAUCAGUUUAAUACUGUCUUGGAAUUCAUGAGAUGGAAGCAUAGGUCAAAGCUGCUUGGAGAAAAUUGGAAGCACAGUUUUAUCUCUAGUACAUCUCUGAGGUAGCCCCAGGCAGAACACAGGCCACGGCUGACCUUGAUCUGUAUGUCCUGGGAGUCUCCAGAGCCAGUGCACUUGGUGGAUAUCUUCAGACCACAUCAGAGCACCACCCAACCACCUCCAUAAGCAACAUACUUAAGGAGAGGACUCAGUGGACACCAGAGCCCCACUGAAUACUGGGAGUGCCUUUGGAGAGCUGGUAAAAGUGGAAAAUUAUCAGGAGUCAGAAGAAAGCAGUGGAAAUUGGAGUCAUUGUAAAGCCAUUGAAACCUUUUACAAGAAAAUCUCAGUGAAUAAAAGUUGUUUAAAUUAGUGACAUAACAAAACCAGUUAUUAAGGUGACAGUGUACAGGAAAGAAACGUUAAAAUUGAACAAUGACUCAGCUAUAUGUUUAUGUCACAUUAUUGGGAGCCUAUCUGUCCGUCGUUUCUCAUGUUCAAGGGCAGAAUCUAGACAGUAUGCUCCAUGGCACUGGGAUGAAAUCAGACUCUGACCAGAAGAAGUCAGAAAGUGGAGUCACCUUAGCCCCGGAAGACACCCUGCCUUUUCUGAAGUGCUACUGCUCGGGCCACUGCCCCGAUGAUGCUGUCAACAACACGUGCAUAACUAAUGGGCAUUGCUUUGCCAUCAUAGAAGAAGAUGACCAGGGAGAAACCACAUUAGCUUCAGGAUGUAUGAAAUAUGAAGGAUCUGAUUUUCAGUGCAAGGAUUCACCAAAAGCCCAGCUUCGCCGGACAAUAGAAUGUUGUCGGACCAAUUUAUGUAACCAGUAUUUACAACCUACACUGCCCCCUGUUGUUAUAGGUCCGUUUCUGGAUGGCAGCAUUCGAUGGCUGGUGGUGCUCAUUUCUAUGGCUAUCUGCAUAAUUGCUAUGAUCAUCUUCUCCAGCUGCUUUUGUUACAAACAUUAUUGCAAGAGCAUCUCAACCAGACGUCGUUACAAUCGUGACUUGGAGCAGGAUGAAGCGUUUAUCCCCGCGGGAGAGUCCCUGAAAGACCUCAUUGACCAGUCGCAGAGCUCUGGCAGCGGCUCCGGGCUGCCUUUGCUGGUUCAGCGAACUAUUGCCAAACAGAUUCAGAUGGUUCGGCAAGUUGGUAAAGGUCGAUAUGGAGAAGUGUGGAUGGGUAAAUGGCGUGGUGAGAAGGUGGCAGUCAAAGUGUUCUUUACCACUGAAGAAGCUAGCUGGUUUCGUGAGACGGAGAUCUACCAGACAGUGCUGAUGCGCCAUGAAAACAUACUCGGUUUUAUAGCCGCAGACAUUAAAGGCACCGGCUCCUGGACGCAGCUGUAUCUGAUCACCGAUUACCAUGAGCACGGAUCUCUCUAUGACUUCCUGAAGUGUACGACGCUGGACACCAGGGCCCUGCUCAAGCUGGCGUACUCAGCUGCCUGUGGUCUGUGCCACCUGCACACGGAGAUUUACGGCACCCAAGGGAAGCCCGCAAUUGCUCAUCGAGACCUAAAGAGCAAAAACAUUCUCAUUAAGAAAAAUGGAAGUUGUUGUAUUGCUGACCUGGGCCUUGCAGUUAAGUUCAAUAGCGACACAAAUGAAGUGGACGUGCCCUUGAACGCCAGAGUGGGCACCCGGCGGUACAUGGCCCCGGAAGUGCUGGACGAGAGCCUCAACAAGAACCACUUCCAGCCCUACAUCAUGGCGGACAUCUACAGCUUCGGCCUGAUCAUCUGGGAGAUGGCUCGGCGCUGCAUCACAGGGGGAAUAGUAGAGGAGUACCAACUGCCAUAUUACAACAUGGUGCCCAGUGACCCAUCGUACGAAGAUAUGCGUGAGGUUGUGUGUGUCAAACGUUUGCGGCCAAUUGUGUCUAAUAGAUGGAACAGUGAUGAGUGUCUUCGAGCAGUGCUGAAGCUGAUGUCAGAAUGCUGGGCCCACAACCCGGCCUCCAGACUCACGGCUCUGCGGAUCAAGAAGACGCUGGCAAAGAUGGUUGAAUCCCAAGAUGUAAAGAUUUGACAGUGAAGCAAUCCUGAGGAGAAACUCCAGACUGCGCUCGACCGAUUUCUCCAGGGCACGGUGGGAGAAGAGUGGGAUAAGGAGCUUGCGCGGUUCGCAGGCUCUGACCUCCCCUUACCCUCACAGGCUGCCCUGGGCACCUUCCAUGCUCUGCAGAGUAUGAGCUGGGGACUCCAGAACUUCACUCUUUACCUACGGACAGCUUUACUCUAAGUGUGGUUUCUGAUGCCUUUUUAAAUCGGGUUUUUAUGAACUACAUCGAGACUUCAGUCCUGAUGGGUGAGUCUCCAGUCAAACUCUGGGUGCUGAAUUACCUGCUCGUACAAGGGUGCUUUCUGUGAAAGCCUAAGAAGAUCAGUGAAUUCAGCAGAAUCGGAGGAAUGUGUCCUUGCUUCCUGCCUGAGGAAGCGCAUUGAUUUGUACUCGACCUUUGUAAACAGCCUAUGGAUUAUCAUCUGUUUAGGAUGCUGCGUAGUUUAUGAGAAGUAGUUUGUCAGGCCUUGAUAAUGGUGUGUGUACACACACAUGCUUGCCAGGAUUUCUCUGCUGCCAUCGAAUUAGAAGAAAAUAUGACUUAUGACCACCGAGGAAGAUAUUAGAGGCUGUUGGUUUUGUGCUUUAAAAAUGCAUGAUCUGACCAAGAUUCGCCAAUCACAUAAAAGCCAUUUACCUUGAAAGUGAGCUAGCUUCUCCACCAACUUUAUUUUUAACAUAAAAGUUGAUGUAAAGGCCAAAAAAGCUUAAAGUGCCUGAAAAUUUCGACUGUUUUUCUCCUACCACCAUCUUUCCUUUUUUUGGUAAUUACUAUUUUGCCAUAGAAAGCAUCCUGUCCAAAGUUGGACCUUCCAAUGCCAUGAUCUUGUGAGAAAACACUUCUUGUUGAAGUGAGUUACUGAUGACUGCGUUUGAUAGCGAUGCUAAGUGCCUAUAACCAGGUUCUGUAUUCUUUAUUCUAGUAAUGUUUAAAAGGGAAGUUAUUUAUAUUUUGUGUGUAAUAUGCUUUAUUUGCAAGAUACAUGCUCCUUUUACAACCAUAUUUUUUAUAUGUACAUGCAUCUAUACUGUUGUAGAAACCAGCUCACGUGUACCUCACACCUCAUCCUUAAGGGAAAAAAUAAAAGAUCAGAAGAAAAUGUUAUAAAGUAGAACCACAUAUGAAUUUUAGAACUAAUACACUCAAAAUAGUAUAUUAAACCCAAGAGUUUGUUCAUUUCAGGCACAGACUUUCAUUAAGAUAAUAUCCUCUCGACUUUUCCAUUGUGAAAGGGCCCUCUCAUUAGAAAUUUCUAUUUCAGAGAUGAUACAAGUUCAUUAACAGCUGUUUUAGACAUUUGAAUCAUUUGAGAUUUCUGGUUUUAUGAUUUCUGUUCUGUAACUUGUGAAGACAAUGAAGAAUCCGGCACGGAGUUCACUGUCUGGUCAGUGGUGAUGUCUGUACCGUGUAGCUGCUCCUCCAGAAAACGCUGCGUGUGCGAUGGAUUCACUUAAACGUUUUAUAUUUCUGUAAUGCCUUUUAAAUAUCAAUGCCUUAGUCUGAUAAAACAACUCCUAGGCGCAGAAAGUAAGGCAGUUUUCUUUGAAUAGAGCAUAAAAUAAAUGUGAUUAUAUUACAACAUGGUCAAGACACUUUAGAGGGGGGACAGCAGAGCAUGAUUCCAUUCAUUACCAAAAAUGUGACUGGCCCUGAAGAGUGAGACUUUAAUAUACUGACAUCAAAUUUCACAAACUUAAAAUUUGCUUUAAUAGUUUUGACUGAAUUUAAUAAUUUUCAUCUAAGAUAAUUUAAUUUUGAAAUGUUCAUCAAGGUGAGUUUACAUGUUGGUAGGUAGUACCAAAUAACUUGCUCCUUCAGAAUGUUUCCCAUCUCUUAACAGUGAGAUUCAUAGAUAUUUUUAUCUAAAUUGCCACGCAUUUAAGAAUACUUACUAGCUUGGAUCUACUUAAGCUAAGGUUAACCUUGAUUUAUUUUUAUUUGACAAACUAUAAAUCUUCAAAAUCAUUUGUCAUCUUAAUAGUAAAGAAGAUACAUAAGAAAAGGCAAGCACUAUUCUUAGAAAUGUUAAAAUAGUAUGUGGAUGCAAAACAUUACAGAUAGUGUGUAAGUACAAGCCCAUCAUAAUUAAUUUUUUUAAUUAAAUUGAUUAUUAAAAGUGAUAGCAAGAAUUAAUGUUAGAGACUUGUUUCUAGUAUAACAUGUUUUUUAAAAAGCAGAUGAUGACUUAUUUGAAAUUUUAAAGUUAAAAAAUGUUCCAAGAAACUUCUUUCCUUCUUACUUUUACUCUUAAAUUUCUAAGUUCAUCCAGUAAGUGAAAUAUUUAAAGAGGAAGGAGGUAUGAUAUAGUACCAUAGUUAAUAAUUUGAAAAACCCUAGAAACCAUUAUUUGGUCUCACAGUUGAGCAUUUUAAAAACAUGUCUGUCAUCCUUUUAAAUAAUUAAAAUAAAAACAAAACUCCAAAGGUACCAGAAUAUAACAGAAGUUAAUCUUCAGUUAUCUAGAGAUAACUGAAACAUCUCUGGAAUUAAAGGCACAUUAGGAUGGAUUUCAAUGUCUUUAUUCUAAGCUUUCUCUGUGCUUUUUUGUUGAACAAGUUUCUGAAAUAUAAAAUUGGAAUCUAAUUUUCUGGAAAUAGUAUCACAAAAAAAUAUUUCAAUCAACAAUUCAUGUUGCCUUUUCAAUGUCCAGAUUUAUUUCUAAACUUAGAAAGUGACUUAUUUUUGAAAAUUAUUUUCCUAGAAUGUGCCAAAUUAUUUACUAAAAAAAAAAAAAUAGCACCCUUUACCCCAGAUUUUUUGCUUAUGUUUAAAACAAAAAUGCAAUACAAUUUUUAAAGAAUUAUGCAUCUCUAAGUUAGCACAAAAUCAACUUUUAUAUUGAAUAAUUUAUUCCAGGGAAUAUUUUAUAAAUUCAAGUCAUAUUUCACUUCAUACAUGUUGUUUUGAAAUGUUUCUUAAGUAUCUAAAAUAAUUUCAACAGCAGAAAUAUGCAUUUUUUAAAAAGCAUUGUUGCAGCUCUUGUACUGUUUAAAAGUGGUGAUAUUUAUUAUUUGCUUAGGUCAGAUGUUAAAAUACCAGUUCUUGCCUCAGAGCUGUUAAGAGAAUCACAGUGAAAAUUGCAGACAACCAACGCUCAUAGAAACAGAGUAAGUCUGGCAGCAUUGGUGCGGCCACUGUGAGAUUGUCCCAGAGGGAGAGUCUGUAAACACUGCUUUUGCAAAGGAUUGACUGGGGUGUGAUUGUAGAUUGUGCUCUGUACUAUGCUUUCAGUAGAAUUAUUUAAGCCCUUGUAGUGACUGUUGUCCCUGUCCGUUUAAAAAUUAAAAUGCAGUAUAUAUUGUAUAAAAUGAAAAUACCAUUAUAGCUUAAUUAGGGAAGUUGUAUAUAGACAUUGAAACAAGAGUUAAGCAGUUUUAUUACGCAAUUGUAAAACACCAAAAAUAUAGAUUCAUCUUUGGUAUGUAACACACUACAUUUAUUUUGUCAGCAUCUGCUUUAAAAGGCGCCUUAUUAAGUUUACCAUUAAUUGCUGUGUUCUAUAUAGAGAUUACGUCCAGUGUAUCAUUUUUAAGUAAAUAACCUUAUUUUAGUAUA